UUGGGUUAAGGGCAUGCUGAAACCAGCAAAAGACAGGAAGUAAAACUCACUCUGAGACUUUACUCUGAGAAGACGACCUCAAGAACAGACGACAGUCACCAUGCUGACAUACUUUAGGAUAUUCUUUAACUUCUUUUUUACUUUUGUUCUUUUUUCUGAUUAACAUUCGGAGUCAGUGUAAGGCCUGGCUGUACUGAGGCUGGAAGAACAUGAAUUCUACACCUGGCAACUCCUCUGAAUCGGAAUGCUAUCCCGAGAUUCCAAUGAAGUACUUCUUCUUCACUCUACAUUUGGUCGUCAUUGUGAUUGGGAUUCCUUCAAAUGCGUUCUCUCUGUAUGUUUCCUGUCAGCACAUCAAGCAGAAAAACGAGCUGGGAAUCUAUCUGUUUAACCUCGCUCUGUCCGAUGUCUUCUUCAUCGCUGGUCUGCCUGUGUGGAUGGACUUUGUCUACCAUGAUUUCUGGCGCCAUGGCAGUACGCUGUGCACCAUCUGUGUCUUCUUCCUCUACACCAACUACUACACUAGUGCUGUGCUACUGAGUUGCAUUGCUGUGGACCGCUACCUUGCAGUGGUCCACCCGCUCAGCCUUCCCCACCUACGAACAAUCAGCACUGCAAGUAUAGUCUGUGCUGUAGUGUGGAUUUUAGCUAUCAUCUUUAAUGCCAUCACCAUUUCUUCAAACGACAUCUAUGAAGAAGAAUAUCAAAUCUGCCUGGAGAUUUUACCACUGAGCUACCAUCAAAGGAGGAUAAAUGUAAUCCGUUUCAUUGUGGGUUUCCUCCUACCAGCUGUGGUGGUAGUGUUUUGUUACUGGAGGAUCUGCGCGGAGGUUUAUAAGAACCAGGCCAUGAGGCUUCCUGAUCGCAUGCAUGUCUUCAAGCUCCUUAGCAGCUUGCUACUGACCAUCUGCAUCUGCUUCGGCCCUAUUCACAUCACCUUGUUGCUGAGGUCCAUUUAUGAGGAUUGUCCUCUUCUCACCUGGCUCUAUGUCCUCUAUAAAAUAAGUGUGGCUCUCUCCACUCUGAACUGCCUGGCUGAUCCCCUUUUGUACUGCUUCAUCACCAGGACAGCACGCUCAAGUGUCACCAAGGCCAUUCUGACCUUUCACAAAUAAGAGGAGUGUAAUGUUCCACACCUGACAACUCCUCUGACAAAUGCUUUCCUGAGAUCCCAAUGA